GGGGCGCGGCUCGCAGCGAGUUUGAUGUGAGCAUCGAUGGGGACGACGCCGGCAGCCUUCCUGCGCAGAAAUUUAGGUUCAACCUGCUGUCGGAGAGCCCGCUGGUGACCUUGAUGAAGGGCACGAAGGUCACGAGUACGGAGGACGUGUGUCUGGUGCGCUGCGGCCUGUGCGACAAGAUGUUCACGCUGCUCGCGACACUGCAGAGCCACCUGUCGUCGCACAUCAAGAAGGAAUCCGCGGAAGAUUGCAGCGAGAGCGGGAAGCAGCGAGGCGGCGCGAGACAGCGUGGAGCGUCUCAGGACGACGGCACCACCGCUGCCGCCACAGCUGCCCUUGUCACAGCGCCCCACUCUCCACGCCCAGUCUCCACCGCCGGCGUCACUACGGAGACCCACUCUCCACGCCCAGUCUCCACCGCCGGCGUCACUACGGAGACCCACUCUACACGCCCAUGCGUUGGACGGGUCAAGCAGGAGCCGGUCGACCUUUACGAAGAGCUGGUGAGGUGCGGAGCGGCGAAGAUCGCCGCCUCCAUCGCCGCCGGCAACGACGAGGACGAGGACGAGGACGACGACGGUUGUCGCGGCGACGCGUAUCCGGUCGUCGUGAAGCUGGAGGGAGAGCGGGAGGCUGUGCCGAGCAUGCUAUACGUGAACGCUGCCGGCGUGGCGGCCCUGCACGCGGGAGGAGGCGGGGGAGGAACAGGAGGAGGAGGAGAAGGAGGAAAGCAAGCGCUAGCCGGAGCAGUCCCCAACAUCUCCAUAUCGAAGGUGACCGGUCGCUUCGCCCCAUCGUCCUCCACGUCGGCGUCGGCGACGAAGGCGUCGUCCGUGCGGGACCUGAUGCAGCGCAGCCCCGAGUACGUCGCGCGGCGCAUGUGCCGCGUCUGCGGCAAGAUCUCGCUGAAGCCGAGCGACUUGACGCGCCACAUGCUCGUGCACACCAACGAGCGCCGCUUCCCGUGCAGCCUGUGCGACUACCGCUGCAAGUCGCGCAACAGCCUCGAGCUGCACCUCACCAACGUGCACGGCGUCGACUUCUCGAACGAUCCGUCACGCAUCUACAAGUGCAACUUCUGCGCGCGCCGGUUCUACAGGAAGAGUUCACUGGGCUACCACAUCACGGUGACGCACGGACGCAGCCGCGCGCUCUCGCGCUUCUGUCCGUUCCCGUACUACCGCUGCGCCACCUGCUCGCGUCAGUUCCGCACCGUCUCCGCGCUCGGCCACCACACGAGCGUCGCGCAUGGCUCCAGGGGGAGCCAGCCGAGCGCCGAGCGACUGCCGACGACGCACGUCGAUUACAAGCCCCAGCAGGGGGCGCCGGCGUCGGGCGCCGAGCCGACGGUCGUCGCGACCGUCUCCGCGUGUCGCCGCGGCGACACAUCGUCAUCAACAGGGGGCGCCGCCGGCGAGGGCGUCGCCGUCGCGGACAAGAUGGCGGCUCGACCGGCGGCGACGUGCAAGAGACAGAUCGAGGAGGUGGUGGAGAGAAUGCGAGCACAGGUGGCGCUGCCUGCAGCGGCGGAGAACGCGCAGGUUGUGCCACUCGGUGGCCGGUGCGGGAUGCCGGUGGCGGCGGAGGCGGCGGUGGCGGAGGAGGAGGUGGGGCGGCUCGCGCGCGAGUUUGAUGUGAGCAUCGAUGGCGACGACUCCGGCAGCCUUCCUGCGCAGAAAUUUAGGUUCAACUGCGUGCGGAGAGCCCCGCUGCGUGACCUUGAUGAAGGGCACGAAUGGUCACGAGUAGCGGAGGACGUGUGCUCGGUGCGUGCGCUGCGGCCUGUGCGACAAGAUGUUCACGCUCUGCUCGCGACACUGCAGAGCCACCUGUCGUGCACAUCAAAAAUCCGCGGCGCAUUGCCCAGCGAGAGCGCGGACAGCAGCGAGCGGCGUCGCCGAUGA